AUGCAGCGGGCGGGGGCGGAGGAGGCGGCGGGGUCGCAGGCGGCGGCGGGGCCCGGGCGGAGCGGGGGCGGCGCGGCCUCCCCCGGGCGGCUCCUGAGGCGGGAGCUGCGGCUGCUCGAGUCCAUCUUCCACCGGGGCCACGAGCGGUUCCGCAUCGGCAGCGCCUGCCCCGACGAGAUCAGCUGCGAGUUCGUGCCCGGGCCGGGGGCGCGCGCCGGGGGGUCCGGGAGCCGGGGCCCGCCGCCGGGGCCCGUCCGCAUCCACUGCAACAUCACGGAGUCUUACCCGGCUGUUCCCCCAAUCUGGUCUGUGGAGUCGGAUGAUCCAAACCUGGCAGCUAUCCUGGAGAGGCUGGUGGAAGUCAAGAAAGGAAAUACAUUGCUUUUGCAGCACCUGAAGCGGAUAAUCUCCGACCUCUGCAAACUCUACAACCUUCCCCAGCACCCAGAUGUCGAGAUGUUGGACCAGCCUCUGCCAGCAGAACAGAGCACCCAGGAAGAGGUGUCCUCGGAGGAUGAAGAUGAGGAGAUGCCAGAGGACACUGAGGACUUGGAUCACUAUGAGAUGAAAGAGGAGGAGCCAGUCGACGGGAAGAAGACGGAGGACGACGGCAUCGGGAAGGAAAACCUGGCCAUCUUAGAAAAAAUCAAACAGAACCAGAGGCAAGAUUACUUAAAUGGCGCAGUGUCUGGCUCUGUACAGGCCACUGACCGGCUAAUGAAGGAGCUCAGGGAUAUUUACCGAUCACCAAGUUUCAAGGGCGGAAACUAUGCAGUUGAACUAGUGAGCGACAGCCUGUACGAUUGGAACGUCAAACUCCUGAAGGUUGACGAGGAUAGCGCUUUGCACAACGAUCUCCAGAUCCUCAAAGAGAAAGAAGGGAUGGACUUCAUCCUCCUAAACUUCUCCUUUAAAGAUAACUUUCCUUUCGACCCACCGUUCGUAAGGGUUGUGUCCCCUGUGCUCUCGGGGGGGUACGUUCUGGGGGGAGGUGCCAUCUGCAUGGAGCUGCUUACAAAGCAGGGCUGGAGCAGUGCCUAUUCUAUUGAAUCAGUGAUCAUGCAGAUCAGUGCCACGCUGGUGAAAGGGAAAGCAAGGGUGCAGUUUGGAGCCAAUAAAAAUCAGUACAGCCUGACGCGAGCACAGCAGUCCUACAAGUCCCUGGUUCAGAUCCAUGAGAAGAAUGGCUGGUACACACCACCCAAGGAAGACGGCUAGCAUUGACAGUUGGCUGGGCUCUGCAGGACCGAUUGGUUACUUUUGAAUGCUGUACUUGGCCCAUUAAAUGCCCCUGUGGCUUCCUCCUGGGAUGUGAUAGCGCUGCCUGUUUGCAGGACAGUAAUGGCUGUUAUAAACUCGAUGGGAAAAACUGUGUAAGCAGUUGGACUGACGUGAAACUCUUGCUGGACCCUCGCUAGCAGGCGUCCUUAUUAAAACAACUCUUGAGCCUCUUGUAUCGCUGGAAACUUUCGACUCCGCUCCAGUCUAGAGCAUCCUCCUCACCUGUGCUACGGAUUUAAUUUAUUUUCUUAUUUCAUGUACACUGCUGUUUUGGGUUACAGUGUAUGAUGGAUGUGAUGGAAAAUGUAUCUUUGGAGAAAAAUUACAGUUGGUUAAUUUG